AUGCCACUGUUUGAAACCGUAAAGAAGUUCAAGAACCAGGACUAUAACAAAUUGAAAAAGGAGUGCCAAGCUAAGGGCACUUUAUUUAUAGAUACAGAAUUCCCACCAGAUGAGCGGUCAUUGUCUUCAACUCCUGGAAAGUAUGGUGGAGUUGUCUGGAAGAGACCGAAGCAAAUCUGCGAUAACCCUAAACUGUUUGUAGAGGGAGCCAGCUCCGGUGAUGUCACGCAAGGAAAGCUGGGAAACUGUUGGUUUGUGGCUGCGAGCUCUUGUUUGGCUUCUUUCAAGGAAGUUUGGCACAAGGUAAUCCCUGAUCAGAAGAAUCAAGAAUGGGAUCCAGAGAAACCCGACAACUACCAGGGUAUUUUCCGCUUCAACUUCUGGAGGUAUGGAGAAUGGGUGGAAGUUGUCAUAGAUGACUUGCUGCCAACUAUUAAUGACAGGCUGGUCUUCAUUCACUCCCAGAGCAGAAAUGAGUUCUGGUCGGCUCUUCUGGAGAAAGCAUAUGCAAAGCUUUUUGGCAACUAUGAGGCCCUGGAUGGCGGGGAGCUGAGUGAGGCUCUGGAGGAUUUUUCUGGAGGUGUGUCCGACACUCUGAACAUGCUGGAGAUGGAUCUGGCCACAAAGCCAGAUGAAAGGGUGGCAUUGUUUGCUCGCAUGCAGAAGGAGAUGGACAGGAAGUCUCUAAUGGCUGCUUCAAUUCCAGCCACAUCUGCUGAAGAAAUGGAAGCAAGUACAGACAUUGGCUUGGUGAAAGGUCAUGCUUAUGGCAUCACCUGUGUGAAAAAUGUGCACCUAGAAGGCUCUGGUCUGUUUGGCUUGUUUAACCGGGAAAAACUGCCCAUGAUACGACUUCGAAAUCCAUGGGGGCAGGGCGAAUGGAAAGGAGCUUUCAGUGAUGGGUCACCAGAAUGGAACAAAAUUAGCAAGUCUGACAGAGAUAAAAUUGGUUUGACAUUUGAUGAGGAUGGAGAAUUCUGGAUGACAUUUGAGGAUUACUGCAAGUAUUUUGUGCAGACCUGCAUCUGCCGUGUGGUGAAUACAUCUUACCUGAGCCUGACAAAAACCUGGCAUGAAGGACUAGCCCAUGGCCAGUGGAAGACUCCUGACAGAGCUGGGGGCUGCCCUAACAACCAGGAAACUUUCUUGAAAAACCCACAGUAUAUGUUUGAUGUGGUGGAUGAAGGUGAUGAAUGUAUGGUCCAGCUGAUGCAGAAGUCGACCAGAGACAAGCAAGGGUCGCAGAAUUUAACAAUUGGUUUUACAGUUCUCAGAGUGGAGCUAAACAGAGAAUACAGAAUCCAUGACCUGUACCUGCAUGAGAAGGUGAAGUCUACAGUGUACAGAAACAGCAGGUCCAUUUUUUUGCGCCACGGGCCGCUGAAGAAAGGCAGAUAUGUCGUCAUACCCUCCACUUUUGAUCCUGGCCAGCAGGCUGAUUAUCUGUUGAGAGUCUAUACUAGUGCUGCCAAUAAUUUCAAGGAGCUCACCCAAGAGAAACCAGUGAAGCCUUGGUACAACUGCUGUGGUAAACCUCCUGUCAUGGUGACCCAUAUCAAAGUUGUUAAAGCUGUAGGACUAGAGAAGCAAGACAGGACUGGAGGUGCUGACCCCUACUGUAUCAUUUCCUGUGAGGGCUACAAAGUGACCACAUCCAGCAGCAAAGACACCACAGAUCCUGAGUGGAACACGUCUGGUUUGUUCUACAGACAGAACCCAGUGAAAAACCCUAUAAAGAUUGAGAUCUGGAACAACAAUAUCCUGCGAGAUGAUUUCAUGGGGAAGUUCCUGUACGUUGCUACUGACGAGUGCAAGAAUCAAGCGCUAGAAGUUGCCCUGGCUGGCCGCAAGCCAGAGACUGAUGCCGUUAGACCAGGGAAAUUAACUAUAGUGGUGACGCAGUCCAGAAACUUACUGUCUGUGUAG